AAUACAAGAUGGACGCGCCCAUUCACAAAAUGUUAGGCAGAAUGUGAGACCGCCCGUGAGUUUAGAUGAAACCGGAAUGGUGCUCCUUUGCUUGCACAAUUGUCGAACUUUGUUAAAGCAUCGUUUAAGGAACAGGGCAACUUAGCUCAUUUCUUUUGUCUUUAUUCUGCUUACUCCGGCGACCCCCGUAAGUGGAUUAUCGCCGGCCGGCGAUGUCUGCUGAGGAAUUGCAAGCUGAAGAGGUAGAGGUUCUGCUUUCUAUAUACGAUGGUGACGAUAACUUUAAGAAGUUAUCCGAUACGGUGUUCCAGUACAAAAUUGGCGAUCAUGGAACCCAUAAGUCGUUUCUCAUUGAAAUUAGUUGGCCUGAGAAGUACCCAAACGUGCUUCCAAUUUUUAAUAUGGACACCUUCUACAACAAACACAUAAUUCGCGAGGUCAAGGAAGGAGUUGUGGCAGCGCUGAAAGAGCAGGCAGAGUCGGAACUGGGGACACCUAUGACGUACACACUUCUUGAAUGGAUCAAGGAGCAUGCAGAGGAGCUCACAGAAAAACAGCCAGAGAUGGUGGCAGCUACAGAAGUCGAGGAAGAACAGCCAAAGGAGCCACAGAUCUCGCCCAAAAAGGAAUUGAAGCAACCUAAGCUUAGCAAAAACCAGAAACGCAAGCUGGCUGGCCGGGUACUUCCCACUGGAGAGCUUCCCCGGGGUCAUGACUGGGUUGACGUUGUUAAACACCUCACACAGACUGGAUCAGCUGCAUCAUAACGAAGUCCUUUGGUUAGAAAACUACUCUGAUUGAGAUAAAGAAAUGCUAUUGUGAACCUUGUAAAGUAACUCGCACCCCUGGAGACAGGUAGUAAAGUCUACCACGUAGUAUGAUUAAUUUUAACUGGAGAUAACAUAAAAAAAAGCCAAAUGUCCAUUGUAUUGUUGAGGCCAUGAUACCAGUCUUAAACUUGGUGCAAUGCUGAAUUGCAGAUGGUGUGGACCCCAAAGAAAGACUUUGACAGGGAAAAUUACGGUACACUUGUGAGAAAGAACUGCAACGGUUCACUGUGAAUCAAAAUGUAUGGCAUUUAUGAUUCAAUGUUACAAUAUACAAGGUGCCCAGAAAUGAGUUUUUGGAGGAGCGCUUCACUCUGCUUUGGCUGGGUGUUUCUCUUGGCGGGGUUCUCAUAAAUGUCAUACAUCUGCGCUCUGGUGAGCUGCUUCAUUGUGCCUAUGCUGGCUGCUACCAUUUCGGCAUACAGCACAGUCUACUUAUAAUGAUGAACAAGUAGGAAAAUCUGAUUGUUAUAAUUGUACAUCAUCGUUUCCAGACUUAUCACAAACCUUUAAAGUAUGAUGUGGUAGAAAGGCCCACUAUUAAAACCAGUUACUGUAAGUGGACUGUGUUGUUCUAUUUAAAGUGGCAUCAUUACAGUAUUGCAUUCUCUUGGUUUAUUUUUUGCAUAUGAAGCAUACUAUACUUGAUGGCUACAUGCCUCACCAUUACCAACAGAAGCAGCAAAAUUUGUACUCUACUCAAACAUGUUCUUGUGUAACGCAAGUUUAACUGGUCAGCUAAAGGAGUCUUGACAUGAAACUGAAACUAAGUUGUUCUCAUACUUGUGUGUGCUGGUUCCAUCCAGUAGGUAUCAAUAUCACCUAUUGCCUUAAACAAAGAUAAUUCCCUUUUAAAGAAUGUGUGAGUGCCCAUUUAUAGAGCUGCCCCAUGACCCUGCAGUGUCGUGAUGCAUAGUAGCGUGCUAGACACUGUUGCAUUGAGCUAGUUUCUGUGAAGUCUCUCACUUCAACGUGAAGGUUAUGAAAAUCAUGAAGGUUAUGAAAAUGAAAGAAAUGUGGCGCCUGCAACUCUAGCUCAUGAGUGCCUCAAGACCUGACAGCCGUGGUAUAGAGGCUGCAGUGUUUUGACACAUUAGACUCUGUCCUCCCGACCAUAAAGUUUCCUUCUAAAGCUACUAGAGAAAUAUCUGGUUGUGGCUUCAAACAUAUUUGUGGCUCUAUUACACUUGAUCUGCCUUUAUUGACAUAAGUUUCCAAGCAGUCAUACUCUUGCAUGGUCAUGUGAAUUGUUGCAGUUACAGUGCAAUAUUUUGUUGACAAUGGUAAAUUUGAAAGUUUGCAAAGUCUUUUGAAGCCAAGAGGAUGAAGUUUAGACAAAUCCAUGUACUACCUAUCAUCCGCAUGCCAACCAAACUGCUGUGCUUACAGCUGCCGUAGACACUAGCGCCAAAAUUUUCCUCUGGUGUAUUUUGUAGGAAAUGACGUUCCCGGCAGCCAAAGUUGAUAAGUGCCACAUAACGCCAGAGAAUUAAGGAGAAUGGUAAAUUGGGGAGUUUGUGUCUGUAGAAAUAAUAACCAGAAAAUUAAUUUCAGCAUUUUGGUAAUGCACAAGUUUGCUGAUAUGGCUGCCAAGCUUGUACUUAAUCUAAAAAAAGGGUGGGGGGGGGAAGAAAACUAGCAUUGCAUAAUUUUCAUGUCGCACAACUGUUGAGUGAUUGACAUAAUGCCCUAUGCUACAGUCGGGAGUUGCACUGGAUGUUACGUCACACUAAAGUGGGCAUACCCAAAAACGAUUGAUCUGGACUUUGGCACUAACCUUCCCACAAAACUUGUCCUGUACAUUUUAGGCACUGAUAGUACCUAGAGAUGUGCGACAUUUUAAACCAUGUAUUUUUAUUGUAGUUGAGUUGUAACAGAAGCAUGUCAGGACUCCUUUAUGUUAGCAAAGUUUGUCUGCAAGGCAAACUUUGCAGACAAACUUUGUCUGCCAGGUUUCUGGUCUUUUGAAUGGUCAUCUUGUCUAGUAUGUGUCAACUUUUCACAACUUGGUGUGAACUUGGAAUACUAAGAAUUAUCAAAAUGUAUAGGAGAUCACCCUAUGUGUCAAGAAACUGAAAACAUGAGUAUAUAUAUAUAUAUAUAAAAGAUUUGUUUGCUUAUAAAAAAACAAUAGUUGGAGAAUAUAAUUUUUAUAACCAUUUGUGCUUGAUAUAUUUAUUAUCUUGUGCUUUUUAAACAGAAUAUUUGUAAUUUGUCAGUGUUUUUCUACUGGCACAGUGCUGAAAUUAGUGUGGUCUUAAUGACAUGAGCAAGCAAAGCAUAGGAAAUUUUUUAUGCUGUAUGUCGUGCUUGUUGCUGGCUUUUUAAACGACUGGAAUAGUCAUUAAAACUUAACAACCAGCAAAUCUGUAGUCUGAAACAAAACUUUAUUUUUGAUGCAAUACUAACAGCACACUUUUUGUGGCUUUUGCCGCACAGCUUGUCUGUGAAAAUGUACAGAAUUAAAGAAAUAUUUACUCAUUA